CGGUGAGUGGGGUCUUUUUUUGUUUUCCCGUAUCCGCCAUUUCAGUUUUUGAAGUUAGUUGUCAUCGGUCGCUGAAUUGUAGGCAGAAUUCUAUUGCUAAAGCGCACUAUAUGGUUAUUAGCGAUAAAUUCUGGUCAUAAACCAAAUAAGAGUCGUUUUUAUUUCCCGGUUGUGGUUCUAAAUCGGCGAAUUGAUGUCCAAACGGCUAGCUGCGGAUGUCGCCUGUUUACUAAACGUGCUCUAGGCGCUAAAGUUUUUGUAUGAGUUGAAGGCUUUGCUUGUGGAUAACGGGAGGGAGAGAAGGGAAGGCCCGGUGAAGCCUCGGCUUUGGAGUGGUUAUCAUGGCCGGAAAUUUUGACGCGGAGGACCGUAGCAGCUGGUAUUGGGGUCGGUUGAGCAGGCAGGAGGCUGUGUCUCUGUUGCAGGGGCAGAGGCACGGCGUGUUUCUGGUCCGGGACUCCAUCACCAGCCCCGGCGACUACGUGCUCUCGGUAUCGGAAAACUCCAAAGUCUCGCAUUACAUAAUUAACAGCAUCAGCAACAACCGACAAUCCGGUCCAGGUCUGGCCCAUCCGAGGUUCCGCAUCGGUGACCAGGAGUUCGAUGCUCUUCCUGCUUUGCUAGAGUUCUAUAAAAUCCACUACUUGGACACCACCACUUUAAUAGAACCCAUCAGCAAGUCCAAACACACCUCCUUCAUCAGCGUCGGCCCUGGCGGAGGCGCCCCACCACGCCUGGAAGAUGAGUAUGUCCGAGCACUUUUCGAUUUCCCCGGCAACGACGAGGAGGACCUUCCAUUUAAGAAAGGCGAUAUUCUCCGAGUUCUUGAGAAGCCAGAGGAGCAGUGGUGGAAUGCCCAAAACUCCGAAGGCCGGGCGGGGAUGAUCCCUGUUCCGUAUGUGGAGAAGUAUCGACCGGCGUCUCCGACCUCUGUGGCGGGGCCCGGUGGCCACCCAGGAAUGGGGAUGAUAGGGAACUCUGACAGCUCUGCAGCCCAGUCUGGCCCACCACUGCUGGGAGAUCCCAGCCAGUACGCGCAGCCAACCCCCCUCCCAAAUCUCCAGAAUGGACCUGUCUACGCCAGGGCCAUACAGAAGAGGGUGCCCAAUGCCUACGACAAGACUGCCCUGGCCUUAGAGGUGGGCGACAUGGUGAAGGUGACCAAAAUAAACGUGAACGGCCAGUGGGAGGGUGAAUGUAAAGGCAAACGUGGCCACUUUCCCUUCACGCAUGUCAAACUGCUGGACCAGCACAGCGGUGAGGACGAGCUCAGCUGAGAGCGGACAGCCAGGCCACAACCUGGACACUAGUAUUAGACCCUUCCUCACCCCCUCCCUUCCUUCCUGUUGCACACGCUCACCCUCCCUCCCGUCGUCUCCAGCUUUUACCUUCACUGAGUACAGUUUCAGAGCAUCACUGAGAACAAAACAAACAGGCCCUCGUCGGAACCUCUUAACGCAUACACCCUCCAUGUCUACUCUUCUGAAUAAUCAUGCACGCCCUUCUCCACCACCCACUUGGACUGACUGACUAAUAAAGGGUCAUGUACUCUACAAGUGGAGCUGUAAACUGACUGUCCGUGGCCAUACCCUUUAGUUCCUCCCUUCGUCACGUCCCUGCCAUGGACACGUUAUCAACACUCGGGAGACUCCUCGCUUCAGAGUUCGACCACUUCCUCUUCCUGUGUUGGAACCAGGAGAUAACUGCUCAUAGCUGUGUCAUUUCUCAUCUUCACCCACAUCCGUCACCAUGGUUACAGCGCUGUAGGAUCACAUAUGCUGCAUUCAUGUCAGACGGGAAUACAGUAACAAGUAGAAAAGUAACAACACAGUCUUGUCUAAAGCUGUUAAGAUGCUUUUUUUUUUUUCUUUGGUGAAACAUCUUUGGAAAUAUCCUUAUUUGUUUUUUGUUUGUUUGUUUGUUUGGUUUUUGUUUUGUUUUUUCUUUGCCAAGUACUGUAUGAGAAGAUUUAUACAUCUCUAAUUUCUGUACUGUAAAUAUGAAGCUACUGCCAGCAGUUGUUUAUCUUAGUUUAGUUUAAAGACUGGAAACGGGAUAACAGCUAGCCUGGCUCUGUGAAAUGGUAACAGAAUUUACCUUCCAACAACUUCGAAGCUGAUUAAUUAACACAUUUAUAUCUUGUUUGAUUAAUCUGUACAAAAACCGUAGUUUAAAAAGACAUUCCCUAAUCCCAGUUUAACAGGGAUUAUGGAUGGCCAAGAAAUAGUCUCUCACACAUUUUUCUGCUGGUAGACAGAUAGAAUUAUGUUUGAAUUGAGACAGGUCUAGCUCUUUCCUCCUACUUUCAGACUUAAUGUAAGAUAUCGCCUGCUAGUGGUAGUUUCAUAUUUAGCUAACUCACCUGAGAAUCAUAUCGAUCUUCUCAUUGUCUUGGUAAGGAAAGCAAAUAUCCGCACUUCCAAACUAUUCUUGGAAUCCUGAGUUGAUUGUUUCACACUGCAGUACAUCAUGCAGUGAGUGAUGAAUUUGGAAAAUAAGUUACAAUGUCAGCCACACAGUAGAUGGUUAGUCUGUCAGACCUACCAUCACAACAUUGUAUUUUUUCUAUAUUUCCCUUUGUUUGUCCACACUGGUGAUGUCUUCAUUCAGUAAAUCAAAGACGUAAGAGUCCUGACUAUAUUGUAAAAUACUGUUGAAGAGAUUUGUAGGAGUUUGUAAGACCUAACAUUUACAUCUCCAAACCUUGACUAAAUAAUAUAAUUCUUGUAAUGUUUACUCCAUACUUAAGCUCUGGUUGAUGGUUGAAAUGAACGCCACAUUAUUUUAAAGUAACAGAAGAGUGAGCGGUGAGGGCAGCAAGGCUUAAAUAUAGCUGAAACGUUUUAUCACUGAAAGGAAUGACAGUCACCUGGAGUUGUAUAGUCCCCUCCCCACUCCAUCCAAGGAGCAGACCAAGGACCAGUCCAGGACCCAACCCACUCAAACACCAAGUAUCAAAUGCAGAAAACAAAACUGAAUGAACCUGAGAAACUUCAAGACUGUUGUUGACGGGGAGAUAAAGGCAACACUACAUUCAACCUCUCCACACCUCCCACCUUGGCUCACCUCAGCUCCAUCCACACAUCUACUACGACCAAGUACCACCAGUUGUCUUUUGUAAGAAAAAAAAAAAGAACAUAUUGUUAUGAAAUGAUGUACUAAGUGAUUAUCAUUACAUGCUAAAAUAUUUUUUGUCAUCUUUGUAGUUUUCUUCAUAGCUAAUUUUGUCUGGGAGGAAACAGUUUUCGAUGUACACUUUUUACUGCUGCAUGUUGGGAGGGAGCGAUGAGUCAAAAUAGAUAAACUGACUCCAGGGGGCCACAUCUGUUUGCCCCCAACCCUCACAAGGCCACAUGUGUUCUCUUUCUGCGUCUGAUGUACACGAAUGAAGAUGAACAGAAUGAAUGUAGGCUGUCCACCAUGUUAGUUAGCACCAUCUUCUCAUAUUAGUGCUCUGCAUUCAGCUCAUUGAGUAUACCUUAGAAAAAGAGACUACUCUGUGUUCACAUCUUUGUCAAAUGUGUCCAAGAAAAGUGAAAGUGGUAUUAUUUGGUACCGGCCCUUUGCUUUUAACCUUUUAAUAAUCUUGUUGCUACCUUGCACCCUUUUGUUCUUUUAAUCCUCAGGUUUAUCAGCCAGUGUUUCCUUUGUGCUUCCUCACUUAAUCUUCUGCCACUCUUUUAUUUAAAGCCUUUUCCAUUUCUGACAAAUCCAGCAUGGACUUUUUAUGUUUCUGUUUUUUGUCUAUUUUCUGCCAUGUCUGUAUUGCCGAGAAGCAGACAAGCAACUAGAAUAGCAAAUUAUGUUGCCCCCCCCCC